AUGGAAUACCACUAUUUAAAUUCUAUUACUAUUAAGCCAAGAAAUUAUAAAGUUUAAGAGGAGAUAAAGUUAAAGUAUAUCAUAAAUUUUAAAACCUUUGAAAUCUUUAGAUUGUAUCAAUAUAUCCAUUUGGUGUUCCUUUACACCAAUCAUGUAAAGAUGUUUGCUGUUUAUCCUUACAAUAAUUUGUUUAAGUCUACAAUUAAUACUAAUCACAACAAUUUUCUAUUGAAAUACUCAAUCUUGAGAUAAUAAAAACAGUAAAAGAAAAUCUUGACCAAAAACUAACCAGUAAUAAUCGAUUAUAGGAAUUACAUUUUGCUAGAAUAUUAAUAUAUGUUAAGUAAGUUUCUGCUAACUACUCCCCCUAUUUUAAAACAAAUAUCAGAUAAGUAUUCAUCUUAUGAGAUGUAACAACAAUAUUUAUGCAAAUCUCCAAGAUCUUCUAAUUAAUAACAAAGUCAAAUAAAAACCAUAAAGAUUCAAUAUAUUAAGAACAUUCAUGUAUUCGGGAGAAAAUAAAUAAUUCCUCAACUCUUUAAAAGAAAUUUAGAAGCAGUAAAUGGGUUUCUUUUUUUUUUAAACCAAUAAUUUAGCCCAUAAUCUGUAGACUAUAUACUAUAAAAAGUUAUAACUUUCUAUAUCUAUUGA